AUGCCGACGUGCUGGAUUUUGAACGAGAGUGUGUCCUUCGUGGUUGCUCUCUUGUGGCUGGCAAUAAAUAUCUAUCUGUUUAUUGACACGUUCUGCUGGUAUGCUGAAGAGGAGUCUUUCUUUUAUACACGAGUUAUUCUGGGUUCCGCAUUGGCAUGGGCCCGGGCAUCUGCCGUGUGCCUGAAUUUUAACUGCAUGCUAAUUCUGUUACCUGUCAGUCGGAACUUCGUUUCACUGGUGAGAGGAACGAGCGUGUGCUGUAGAGGACCGUGGAGACGGCAACUAGACAAAAACCUCAAGUUCCACAAGCUCGUUGCCUACGGGAUAGCUGUUAAUUCAGUUAUCCACAUUGUGGCACACUUGUUCAACCUGGAGCGUUAUCACCUGGGUCAGGCCAAGGAUGCUGAAGGGCUGCUGGCUGCGCUUUCCAAACUUGGCAAUGCCCCAAAUGAAAGCUACCUCAAUCCGGUCCGCACCUUGUAUACGGGUACAACCACUCAGCUAUUAAUGACAGUCUCCGGAAUUACUGGCCUGGUGAUCUCUCUGGCUUUGAUAUUGAUCAUGACCUCUUCAACUGAGUUUAUCAGGCAGUCCUCUUAUGAGCUAUUCUGGUACACACACCAUAUCUUCAUCUUCCUCUUCAUCAGUCUGGCCAUCCACGGAGGAGGUCGCAUCAUUCGAGGUCAAACUCCAGAGAGUCUCCGGCUGCACAAUGUCACCUUCUGCAGAGACCACUUCGACGAAUGGCAGGAAGCUGCCUCGUGCCCUGUACCUCAAUUUUCUGGCAAGGAGCCGUCGGCCUGGAAAUGGACUUUGGGCCCUGUGGUCUUGUAUGCGUGUGAAAUAAUAAUUAGGUUCUGGAGAUCUCACCAAGAAGUUGUCAUUACCAAGGUGGUGAGUCACCCAUCUGCAGUCCUGGAACUUCACAUGAAGAAGCGUGACUUCAAGAUGGCGCCCGGACAGUACAUCUUUAUCCAGUGCCCAUCCAUCUCCCCGCUGGAGUGGCACCCCUUCACUCUCACGUCUGCUCCCCAGGAGGACUUCUUCAGUGUACACAUCCGAGCCUCAGGAGACUGGACAGAGGCGUUACUGAAGGCAUUUGGAGCAGAGGGACAGGCUCCCAGUGAGCUCUGUAGCAUGCCGAGACUGGCAGUGGACGGGCCCUUCGGAGGCUCUCUGGCAGAUGUAUUUCACUACCCUGUGAGCGUGUGCAUUGCAACAGGAAUUGGAGUCACCCCCUUCGCCUCUCUUCUGAAGUCUGUGUGGUAUAAGUGUUGUGAAUCACAGAGUCUGCCUGGACUGAGCAAGGUGUACUUCUACUGGAUCUGCCGGGAUGCUGCAGCCUUUGAGUGGUUUGCCGAUCUGUUACUUUCACUGGAAACACAGAUGAGUGAACAAGGGAAGGCUCAUUUGCUGAGUUACCACAUAUAUCUCACUGGCUGGGAUGAAUACCAGGCAAUUCACAUAGCUUUACACUGGGAUGAAAGUCUGGAUGUGAUUACAGGCUUAAAGCAGAAGACCUUCUAUGGGCGACCCAACUGGAAUGAGGAAUUCAAGCAGAUUGCCUACAAUCACCCUAGCAGCAGCAUUGGCGUGUUCUUCUGUGGACCCAAAGCCAUGUCAAAGACUCUUCAAAAGAUGUGCCGUUUGUACUCAUCCUCAGAUCCUAGGGGCGUUCAUUUCUAUUACAACAAGGAAAACUUCUAG